AUGGUCACCGGUAUGGAGACUGAAGGGUGGACUGUUGAAGACCCAACGGAGGAUGCACCUCUGGUGCUGGAAGACGGAGUGCGGGUAGCUUCAGAUGACGAUGCAGCACCAGAAGAUGGGAGAGUAACUGCAUCUGAAGAAGAUGCAAUACUUGAUGGCGUUUCGCUGGGCGUUGACGAUGCUGUAGUGCUCAAAGAUAGGAGUGUUGAGCUGGUUGGCGAAGAUGACGACUCAACAGUGUUGCUCAAGGUUGGUACUACAACGAUCCCGGUCGGAGCAACAGAAGACAGCACAGAGGAGAGCAGCGAGGUCUCCAGAGAGAAUGUCGGCAAAGACUGUGAGGAGAUAGGUGCUGAGCUGACAACAUUGCUGGAAGACGCAGCUAGUGACGAGCUCAGUGUCUCAGUUGGAGGGACUGGAAUUACGAUAGUUCGUGAGCUUGAGGCUAGCACGCUUGAAGUGAGACUCGGCGCUGGAGCUGGGAGUGUGGGAGCCACAGAGACUGAAGAGCUUGCAGGUGAGGCAGCUGGAGCAGAGCCCGAGUACUGGGGUGGAGGUACAGGAAUAACGACAGUCGCCGAGGAUGAUGGCACCGAUCUUGUCCGACUGCUAGAUCCAGAUGCAGAAGAAGUUUCAGUAGGGUACACCGCAGAGCUUGGGAUGUCAGGCAUUGAUAGGCUUGACGUCACAGAAGACGCUGGUACUGAGCUGGGAGGCAGCGGAAUGACUACGGUGUAG